AUGCCUUCAAUUGAAUUAAGAGAAUUAAAAACCUUGGUGAAAUUGAUGGUAGAAUUAAGUGGAACGUUCCUUUUUGAGAUGAGUGAACAUAUGGUAGUGACAUUUUUAAAGCUGGUUGAUGGCAUAAUUGACUCUUCAAUGUUAGUAGAUGAAUCAACUAUAACAAGAACUUUGCAAAAAAGUGAUGAUAUACUUAACACUAAAGUCACCAAUCCAAAAGCCAAAAGACGUAAACCUGUAACAGUUCCCAAACUUGAACUUGCACUUAAGGAAUUUGUUUUAAUCUAUCAAGAUAAAGCUAUCUUAAGUGAAGCUAUUUUAAUCAAAAAAGCCAAGCAAUUGGCAGAUGGCUUGGGAAUUCCAGAUGGAUCAUUGGGAUCCUCUGCUGGAUGGCUCCAAAACCAUUGCUGA